AUGUCUUCCUCUCUCGACUCCGGUAAUGACCACUUAGACUUCUCGAUGAAGUCCAGUGUCAAGUCACCUUCCUCGAUAAAAAAGCAGUCAGAUCUUCCCGAGGGCCGGAAACCACCAUCCCGGUUUCACGCUCGGCUUUGCUUCACUGACAUCUGCUACUUCUCUAUCGGAAAGCUCAAUCUUGAAGAACUUUGGCAGGAGGUGAGAGAGCAGGGCUGGAAGAAGCGUAACAGGCGCUUCCGGCACAAAGUGCUGGGUUUUCUCUGCAUGCAAGGAGCGGCCUUUUUAUUUAUUUAUUUCAUGCUCAUGACGAAUCCACCCCAGGUUCAAGAUGUUUCCACCGUACAUUACGACGUUCUCGUUUGCAUGGCUAACCUUGCUGCCAUGGGCUCUUUGGGAUAUCUCGCAGGCGGUUUGAUUUCGAUUGUUCUGGGAGGUAAUGCAUUUACCUCUCAUGCGGCGGCUGGUGCGGUCGCCCUGCUCUUGCAUAAAAUGACAGUGGUGGACGACGAACUAGUGUCCCUAAUCUUGAAUUCAUUAGCUUCCAUUCUAUAUUUCGGCAUGGCCAUGCGUUACAUCAGUAUGCAACAAGGGUAA